UCCAUUUGUCAAAUUUAUUUACUUUUACAAUCUGCAGUUUGCCUGCUUUCUAAAUUUUAUUGAUUACACUUCCAAAUAGUAAAUAUUUUGCAUUAAAGUAUUCAAAAUGAGUUGCUUUGAGAACUUAAAUUUACCUACCUGCGUGUGGUUUGAUGGGGCCGACAAACGAAAUGGUAUAGCUUCAAUUGUGGCUGGUAUUUUGUUCUUUGUGGGCUGGUGGUUCAUCAUAGAUGCAGCGUCAGUCUAUCCCGGAGACCUCCCAAAUGCUUCCCAUGUGUGCGGUGUUAUGGCAACACUCUCUCUUGUAAUGGUUAAUUCUGUUACCAAUGCUCAGGUCCGUGGUGACACAUACACGGGUGGCUGUAUGGGCCCCCGCGGUUCUCGUCUCUGGCUGUUUCUGGGCUUUGUUGUCGGAUUUGCCUCCCUCAUCUCAGCCUGUUGGAUCUUAUUUGCUAACUAUGUUAAUGCUGGUAGCAACAAGCAUACAUGGCCUGGUGUGAGCUUGUUUAUGCAGAAUGCAUUUAUAUUUGCUAGCUCGUUGGUUUUCAAGUUUGGUCGCUCUGAAGAUCUUUGGGGAUAAGAUUACUCAUAAUUAUAUAAUCUGUGGUUAUAACCGCAUUAUAUAUUCAUAAAUAACGUGUUUAAAAUAUAAUUCAUAUAAAAAUACCAUUUUACUUGUUUCAUGUGAUAGAUUGCUUUUAUUUUUGUAUGGAUUUCAUUUGUAAAAUUCGGUUGUGUGUAUGUGAGUGUUUAACUAUAGUGAGUCACAAAAUACAAUUAUUUAACAAUAAAACAAAGUGCAAACCGUUUUAAACCGCACUAUAAAAUUAAAUGCAAAUGUAAUCAAUAUUUAAAUUGCAAGUCUAAUGUUUUUUCGAUAACUCAUUAUAAAAGUUACAGUAGAAAUUUUAUUAUGUAAUGGCAAUGUUGUUAUUAAAGAAUGUGGUUGUCAAAGAAACAUUAAUUUUUGACUAGCAAAAUUAGUAAUUUUAUUUAGUAAAAUUUUUUCAUUUGGUAAUUUUCAAACUCUUUGUUUAGUUCAAAAUCAUAGAAUAAAACAAUACAGAUUAUAAAGGUAUAUUUACAUUACAGAUAACGUUUUCUUCAAAUUAAAAAGUAUUUAAUAAAACAACUAGUAAAUAGAAUCUAAUUUUGAAUGUUUCAAAUGUCUAAGAACUGCAUGUGAAAUAAAUAUUCCUUUGAUGUCUGUUUAUUAAAUCUAUUAUAAUACAAUAAAGAUCUUAACACUA